UUCCAUUCCCAUGCGGUGUGUUUGCUAGUCGUUCCACACAUUGAGCAGUGAAAAUUUAAAAUUUUUAUGAAAGUGAACUUCAAACAUGGGUAAAUUUCGUUCCAAACUAAAGAAGAAAGUCGGAGGAAAACGAUGGGCUCACGGUCAAGCUUCGAACUCGAAUCCGGUAACGAACAAGCAUCGUGCCAAAGCCAAGAGUCGCUUCUUUCAAGCAAACUUGAGUUUGGCUCCCCCGGAACAGGGAACUUCGGGGGCGGCCAGUCAGCUAACGCUCGAUGCGGUGUUGAAGCACGAUGCCGUGCAAUCGUACAGUGGUCAACGGGAGGGAGGUCCCACCGUAAAUGAUCUGGCGGCCAGUAUGAAAUCGUUCAGCAUGAACGACGGUUUCGAGGGGGCAGAUGGAAUGACGGAAUCGCAGCUUGGAACGUUCAAGACCUUUCAAACGUUUGCCUCGAACUGGAGCGCCUGCAGUAAUAUGAGUUUUAAGAAGUUGUUGAAUAAUUUUCGGGCCGACUCGCAGCUUCAGAAGGAUAUGUUGGCUAUUUUGGCUGCGCUGACUGAGGUCAUUAAAGAGAACGGUGGAACUCAGAGUAGUACGGAAUACUUUCUGGCACUGAUGGAAACAAUUGAGGCGACCAAAGAGGAGAACGAUAUAGUGGCAGCCGUGUCAUUGCUUGCAAUGGGUAUUAAAUCUGUUCCCGAGGGGGUGCUGCGGAAGAAGUUUUCCGAUUGUGGACAAAUUUUGUUGAGCCUACUGGAACGUUAUGCCGAUACGGAAAAUCAGAGCGUCGUUAGGAGCAUUGUCGGCUGUCUGUCGGUUGUUCUGCGAGCUCAAGAGUACUCUCAAUGGAAGCAUUCAUCAACGUUGAAAUUUUUCGAUGCAAUUCUGGCGUUCGUUAUUCAUACGAAGCCAAAAAUUCGCAAAGCAGCCCAGCACGCUGUGGUGGCCAUCAUCCAUGGCAGUUGUUUUAUGCUUCCUCCGAAAAUGGAGUCCGCGGAACAAGAUGAGGAACCGAUGGAAGAGCGAACGGAAGAGGUUCGAAAACCGCUGGUGAAGUUUCAUCCUAUCAGUAGCCGUGUGGCAAAGUUUUGCGUAGGACAGUUUAAACCGGAGAAUGUGGGAAAUAAUCAAACAAUAGUUUUGCAUACGUUGGGUUUGCUGCAUAACGCUCUACCCGGAUUCUCUAAAGAGGAUAUAAAAGUGGUGGCUGAAAGUUUACUGUCGAUCAUGACUGCCACAAAUGUUCUAAUCAGAACGAACUGUUUCCAAACGUUUCAUUCGCUGUUUUCUUCUAAAACGGAAAACUUAACUCCUGUCCUAGCAGGAAAAUUAAUAGCUGCGCUAUACGAUUACAGACCAGACAAAUCGGAUUCUAAACAGAUCAUCGCUUGGCUAACUGUUCUCAAGGAAGGUCAUCUGUUUUUGGCGAAAUAUAGCUUAACAAUGUGCAGCAAUUCUCUACCGAGAUUUGUCGACCUAUGUACUCACGAUUUUUGGUCCUCCGGCAAAAUGGAGGUGGUUUCGGCCGCUUCCAACUGCCUCAAGGAUAUUCUUUACGAGUGCAUUCAAGCGUGCUGCGAAGAUGAUGAGGUUGAAAAGCAUCGCGUUUCGAUCGAACGGAUCCUAAAGUCCAUAGUCGACGUUCUGAGUUCGGCUCCGUUUGGACAUGCUUCCAAUCAAGUGCUGAUAAUUCUGGCGAUUGCUUUCGACAUUACCGGACGUCACUUUGGCAAGGAGCUUGCGCCGGCGCUGAAAUUUUUAGCUAAUCGAUAUGAUCCGAAGUCUUCCAGCAGAAUUCAGAUCGAACACGCAGUCCUGCAGGCGAUCGGUUCGAUGGAUACCGGACUGGUACUGGAAUGUGUUCCACUGGCCGAUGCGGCCGGUAAAAUUGAUUUGGAUAAAACAUGGUUGUUGCCGUUGCUCCGUGAGGGUCUCAAUCAGUCUCGACUGGAGAUAUUCAAUUCAGUGAUUUUGAAAUUGGCCUACCAAUGCUAUGUGCUUUGGAAUAAGUUUAAGCAAUCGGACAACAAACAACAGGCGCACAUUUUUGAGUUGCUCUGCUGCCAGUUGUGGGGUCUCUUUCCGGGCUUUUGUCGCCGCCCGAAAGAUGUGCAAAACUUCCGCCUCAUCGCUAAAACUCUUGGAACCGUUCUUAAUGAAAAUCCUGACAUGCGAUCCCCAAUAUUGGAUGGUUUGAAGGAGCUGAUUUCCGGUUUGGAGUCCGAUUCGGAUAAGGCAGAAGUGGGCAAGUACGCGAAAAACUUCCUGCCGCGUCUGUUCAACAUCUACACUACCAAACCGAAGGGAAGCUAUGAGAAUGAAGUCCGCCAGGCGGCGUUUGAAGCUAUCAAAGCUUACCUGAGUAUCACUCCGAAACAAGUGCUGGACGAAAUGCACUCGGUAGCGCUGGAUCAACUGACGGCUAAAGCACCGGGAACCUUCAUCUACGAUAUGCUGUUUGAUGUAGUGGAGCAGCUGUCGCUCUAUCAGACAGCUGAUAAGCUAGAGGACAUUUACCAACGGUAUCUUGCGGUUAUUCUACGGCGAGAUAAGACACAGGAAACUGUUGCCAAAACCAAUGCCAACGUGCGUCGCCAGAUGAAGAAAGCAUUUAAGCUGUUGCGCGAAAUUCUGGCCUCACCCAACAAUGGUUGCGUGGAAUUUAUUCAGUCCAAGCAGGGAAAUCUGGAGAAACUACUGCUCGGAACUUUGCACUCGACUUUUGACGGAAUUCAAGCACCACGAUUGGCUUGUCUCAAAUUACUCAUCGAGAAGAAUCCAGAAACGAAGAUUGGAAAUAAAAUUGUCGUGCGAACCGUUUCGGAAGCGGUGGCGUCCUACAGCGUGGAAGCCGUUAAGCAGGAAAACCUCUCCAACGAUAUAAUUGAAAUGGUCGGAAACAUGUACAAUGACGAAGGAAAAAUGAACGAAUUCGAAAACAUCAUCAUAGCCGGUCUGGCCGGGGACAGCACACUGAUAACCAACACAAUCUGGGUACUAAAAAAUGUGCUGCAAACCUUCACCGGCUCUCUGACCGUAGACUCACUGAAGUUCCUGCUGGAGCAGGUUUUGACUAUCGUAAUUUGCCACAACCGGACCGAGGUGGAUGCGGCCUUGAAUUUCCUUCUGAUUUACAUUAAGAUCCUGCCCGUUCCGAUGGUCACCAACUAUUUGCCCAUCAUCAUGAAAGCACUUUCGUCGAUGGUUCCGGACACGAAACGACACUGUCGGCUGUUGGUUGGUUACACCUUGAAGCGCCUAUGCAAACGCUUCGGGGCGGAAGAAAUUGUUAAGUUGGUUCCCGGCAAUGACGAAGUUACGCACAAACGGCUAAAGAAAAUCCGCAAAGAGCUGGCUCGAGCUAAGCGGAACAAGUUGGAAGACGCGAAGAAACAACGCCGUGGUGGUGGCGCUGGUGACGUAGACGACGACGAUGAGGAGGACGAUUUGGCUGGUCCGCUGGAGAAGAAGAGCUUGACAAUCGACGAUAUUUUAGCAGAUUCGGAAUCUGACUCAGACUCCGGUUUGGAAGACGAACGCAAAGCUAGGAAGAAAAUGAACACUUACAUCAAGGAAUCUCCGGAAAGCAUCGUUGAUUUGGCAGAUUUGGAUGCCAUCAGUAAAAUAACCACAUCCCAACCGAUGGACCAAUCGGAGCCCGGCACUAGCGGCACACAAGAUCGCAAGAAACGAGACUCGAAUCGUGGCUUCGCAACGGCACCCGACGGGCGGCUAAUCAUCGAAGACAUCGAAGAUUAUUCCGACUCGGACGAGGACCCAGACGAGAAUGUCGGCUACAGUGAUAAGGCGAAGAAACGAGUGUACGAGCAGGAGGAUAGCGACAGCGGAGAGGACGAUGGCAAGGCCGAUGAAGGGCAGGAACCCGAAGGACCUUCCUCGCGCAAGCGAAAGGCAAUGGAAGCGAUGAGCGUACGGUCGGGUAUGAGCAACAAUCGGUACGUGGCCGGUGGAAAAGGUAUUCACCGACCGGUAGCAGCGUCGGUGAAGUCCGGUUACAGCGGCAAGUCCGGCAAAUCGAAUAAAACCACAAAAACGUACGCUUCGACCGGUGUCGAAUACAAGUCCAAGAAGGCGCAAGGUGAUAUGCUGAAGAAGGGCAAACACGAACCGUACGCGUACGUUCCUCUAAGUCGAAACUCGUUGAACAGGAGAAAACGAGCCAAAAACGCCGGUCAGUUUAAGGGUAUUGUAAAAGGCGCUCGGAAGGGAGCCAGAAAAGGUGCAGCUGCGGGGGCUAAGAACAGAUUGAUGAAGGCAGGAACGAAGCGAAAAUAAAGGAGUCUUCUCUACGAUGGUAAGUGUUUGAUAAUUGGUUGUAUGUUCAAUAUAUUUCCUAUCAAAUUGAGUGCAUUCAACCGAAAAUGUGCGAUAGAUCUUUACUGAGGUAUAGUAACACGCAAACAGUGAAAUGUAAAUACAAUAAAAACAGUUAGAUUGAAAAUCUAUUAU